UCCUCUGCAGUCGACUGGGGGGCCGUCUCUGGGUUGCCGAUCCGAGUUCUGGGCAAGUUCGCGCAACACUACGAUUUCCGGUUGAGGAUCGACAAGCCUGGGGCUACGUUGCCGCCUCAAGCGCACAUCUAGCGUCGUGGCUGCCGCAGUCGUCUCGCCUGGUUACCUACUGCCGGCACACCUUCGGUCCAACUUUCAGGUUUUUACCCGAUGAGGCGCUGGGAGAGCGAAUUCUCGCAGUGGAUGUCACAGAUGAGACGCAUGUGACUGAAGUCAAAGCCGAUGAAUUUCAGGGCGGCAGAAAUAGACAAGUGUUAAAUUUGACUCGCGUGCUGAUUGUUACCAGUGUCGCCGUUCGGGUUUUUCUUUUGUCGGCGUCUCCCCAAGCUGACGCGCGGGAGCCUCUUUUCAGAUCAAACGUUCUUUCGAGGCCUCCGGUCGGCUGGAGACUCGCUUGCUGUGCUGCAGAUAUGGUGACGAACUGGCGAGCUUUCGCUGGAAGAGCAUUUUCGCGUCAUGACCUGGAGAGUCUCAUCGCUUUUUUCAGAACAGGUGACGAGCAUAAAAAGGCGCCAAAAAGUUUUCGCGACUACGUAGAUAGCUUGGGAGCGGCACCACUUCCGCGACCGCUGACAGACUUUCCUCAGCUGGGAAGCGAUUUUUUCUCGGCGAGAAGCGAAAAACCAGGGUUAUCAACAUCAAGUCCUCCACCAAUGCUGGCGAUCGUUCCCGUUCGUGUCGACUUCGAGGACUCGCGGAUGAGGACCGUGCCGAAGCUGGAGGCCUCGGUAGACUUCUGUGCCGGCUUUGAGGCACACAGAAGACCCCACCAGUUCUCUGACGACUUUGUAACUUUUGAUCUGUACCAAAAACUACAGCAAGGAGCAGCUGCGCGUGACCCUUGCGAGUCGCCACAGGAAGAGAAGAAAAAUAGCAGUCAACAGGUGACGAAUUCGGUAGGGCGUCAUGAUGAACACGACCUGAAGCUUCCGGUAGUAUCAAAGAACAACGCAAGUGCAACGACCACCAGCAGCUUUUCUGAAUUAGAUCAUGUUUUUGGUACUAGCACGUCUCCGACCACGCAAGGUGAGGGUAUUUCGUCUUUACAGUUGGGUCACGCGAGUGGAGGUGGCCAGGGUGAGGAGUUGCCGCCUUCACUGGAUCCAGACCGACUGCCACCACUGCCGGCUUUUGUCGGGCUCGCCUCGAUGAUGGCGCCUCCACUUCUGACUCUGCCUGUCUAUGCCUUGACCCAAGGAGACACGGUGUGGGAGGCAUCAAAGGAGGUGUGUCACUGGGCCGACGCAGCAUGGGCCUUCCUUCUAUUGUUCGACAAACAAAGUACUAACUUGCCUCGUUGUUUCGUAAGUUUUUUCUGAUAUGCGCAAUAUCUAGGCGGUCAACUUACCUAUGCUGCUUCCUUUUCUUGGUCUUUCUGAAGAGUUCUUUAGCAGAUUUGUGAGAACUAGAGACUCGAAAUAAUGCAUGAUGCUAUAGCCAUUUCCUCUUCCUGUAAGUCGAUACUUUGGUCAAUGUACUCUUUAUAGAUCCUGGUGGCGAGGCUCCUCGGCCUCGGGAUGCAGUGGUGGAGCAAGUUGCGCUCUCUGUCUUCGAGAUUCUAUGUCUUCGCUACGGCGGCGGCUGGCCAAGAUUGACCUUAGCUCGUGGCAAAGGCGAAGCAGGCGUCGAGGAUAGCCAAGACUCUGCGUGGUGGGAUCAUGUGCCUGGUACUAGCUAAAUCUAGCUGCUACACAACGCAACUGCGAGCACCGUGCGCUGCCGGCGCGACUUUGCCCGGCGUUUGUGGCUAAAACGCACGGCCGCGCCCUAGGUCCUUAAGAUCUAAAUAUGUCUGCUCAAAUAUCGUACCCCCUCUCCCAGGUCGUAGUGAAACGUGGUCGGAGAUGGUCGCCCUUUCAUUUUGCCAAGCGUUUCUGACGCCGGAACGCAGUGUGCGGGUUGCCUACCGCGCAAACGGGUUGAUGUGGCGCCGUGUGCGUGAUUGGGCACUCGACUCGACCUCACCUGUGGACCUGGAGCGCAACGGCUACGACUGCUACUACAGUGGGAGUAUCCGCACUUCGGAACGCUAUCGCUGCCUCCUAUUGUCUUCGCGCUCAAACGCCGACAUAGCAUGUCUCUACUUUCCAUGGAUACUACCAUGGAAUCUCCUGGAAAAAGACGCUGGUGGAGCGGUAGCAGCGAAUGACUCAGGUAGAAGCUGUGACCCGCAAGCAGGUCGUGGAGUAGGUGCAGAAUAUCAAGGUAAUGAAGUGGCAGCAGUUUCUGUAGUGUCGGAUAUUUCUAUUUCAUCUCCGCGCCAACUCAUUCGGUUCUGCAGUCGAUUGUACGACGCGCUAGUUCGUAACCCGGGUGGCAGGGGAAUGGCACAGAGUACGCUUCCUCGUGUGGAGCGAGAACUGCGGAAAAACUUACUUUUAUGCUGACAAAUACACGUAAAAGAAAGUUCUUCAGAAAGAGCUUCUAGUGGGAUAUUGAGACUAAGGCAGCAUGUUCGCCCAUCGGCAACGUCGGUCAAUGCGAAUAAGGUCGUGCUCAGUAGACUUUUAGACGUAGAUCAUGCAUUAGGAGCAUCAGCGCAAAAAAGCUUUUUCGUUGUUAUGAUCGCUUUCAUGAGGCCAGCUAUUGCGAGACGACCGGAUCCUGCACUUCGAAGCACACCCUCUUUUGCAGACAUUGCGUAUUUCUACUCCAGAUUUCUCCAAGAUGCCCUUGCAUACGAGGCAAAGUGUGGCUCGUGCCUGUCUGUCGCGACGGUUGCGCGGCGUCCCUCUUUUGGAUGCUUUCGUGCAGCCUAUGAAGUGGUCUCCAGCGAUAAGCGAUGUUGGAGCAAGAUUUGUUUCAUCUUCAAACUCAAAGGCGGUUCUUCCUGCAGUCGAGGGAACAGGCGAUGGAGGACAGAUUGUUGCGUCUGGAUCAAUAGUAGUGGAUGGCGUUGAAGACCUUGGAGAUAAGGCUCAGUUCCAAGAAAAGCCUACUAGUGCCGAGAACGCUUCAGGACCAGAGGGGCCUUUCAAAUUCCAGUUAAAGUACCACAAAAACAGUACCGCUUGGGGAAUACAAAUGCAGCGGCACAGCGCAGUCGCCAGCUGGCUCGGUAAACACGCUCGUGUGCAGCAUAUUGUGUCUGGUGACAUCAAGGGGACGAUGAGGAAAGGCAUGGGUCGGUCGACUGGACAUGUGAGCGAAAAGUCGCGUGACAGAGCGAAAUGGAGAGCUGCAAAAAGUUCGUCUAUCAUCGCGCACGAUCCACUCAAGGACGGAACCUCUAAUCGAGUGGAGGCGCUCGAUGCCCUGUACCUGAAUUCCUUGCGGGUAUUGUGUUGUGAAACGAGUUCGUCCUGGCUGCGAUUUCUGCUUGACCUUGCACCAAAAACAUCGGCACAACAGCAAAUUAACAGCAACACUAUGAUCGAGUCUACUCAAGAACAGCAGCAACGAGGAAGGGUGCAGCUUGAUGUCUCUGCUGCGAAACGGAUUAUUCUACUCGCAGCCAGCGAUAUCGCAUUGACAGGGUCCUUGAUCUCGGACUUAUCCAGUCGAAUUGACGCCAUGCCAGAGCCCCUGGCCGACGAAUUACUCGACUUCAUUUGGGUAAAAGUUUGACUUUUUUGCCGAGAAGUAAUUUAUUCUUAAAGGCCAUAACUAUUCCUAAGUACUUGCUAACAAAAUCUACUUGACACUCGAUUUAUAUAAUCGUUGAUAUAUCCGAGAAUUUUGAAGCUGCUAAGGAAGACUAUUGAUACACGAGCUGACUAUCACUAGACGAGUUGAUGUGAAAGGCACAUGAGACUGUUGAUUAAACAUGAAAGAAAUGUAGAACACUCAAUAUUCCGAAAAAUGAGC